AUGGCGUCAGACGGACCGGGAAUGUCCUCAGAUCCACCAGAAGACCACACAGAGGAUGGGGUCCACCUGAAAGCCACUAGCCAGGCUGACACACCCAGUCCUCCAGCACACACAAACCCUGAAUCAGCAGGACGGGUUGUGUGCCAGUUUUUCCAGAAAGGAAAGUGUCAUUUUGGUCACAGAUGUCGUUUGUCUCACAGUAACCCGCCACUGGAUGAUUCAGGGGCUGUAUCGCCUGACCAGGAUGACAAAUCAGAUGAGGAAAGGACGGAAAAACAUAAGACCAAGAUAAACAAAGUCAAUAAAGCAUCAAAGGGAAAAGAGACGGGCAAAAAGCCUCGAAUGCGCACAGCAGAUGACGUUAUUUCCCGCAUCCUGUGGGACCCAUCAGUGGAUGCAGAAGAGUUUGUAGUGGGCUACCUGGAUCGUUUCCUUGGGGUGGUGGAGCGCCCCUUCUGUGAAUUCAACUGGGACACCAACCCCUGUGACUGCGAUUACACUUCUGAGCUUGCCCUGCCCAGACACAGGAUCCAGUACUUCAGCUUCAGAGGACACCGCGUGUGGGACCGCCAUAGCAGGACUGACAGAGUGUUUGGAUCCACCGGUCAAUCUCUGGCUCCCCCCUUUGGAGGGGAGGGGGAAGUAAAGGGAAUUAAUACAGGAGACCAAGAGCAACUUGAAGACAACAGGAUAGAAGAGCAGCCAUCUGCUGUCUGUGGGCAGGAAGAGAGUAAAAUGGAGGCGUGCGGUCAUACUGAGAGCACACAUCUGGAGAAAGAGAAGCCGAACGGGACGAGCGUUCUCAGUCCUGGCUCGACACAACCAGCUCCCAAGUGUGGGGGAAACAUUUCUCAGGAACAACAGGAUCCACGAGGAGCAUGUGUUGAGGAGGAGGCUGUAAAUAGACUUCAUAGUUCAACUGAUGAAAUCCCCUUGUCCCAAAGGAGAGCUGUGAGUGUUGAGGAAGAGGCACAAUUAGAAGAAAAAUGGGAAGGCAAUGAAGAUGCUUCAAGUUACCUCGAAAGCCUGAACCUAAACCAAAAUCCGCCGGCACCUCUGGAGCAGAGAGAGGAGAAACGCGGUGGUCGACCUCCCAAGAAACGACCCACGCACUUUAUCACCUUCAGGGCCAACACUCCCGCCAUCCUCUCCUGCUUUCAGCAGCUGCAGGAGGAGAUCACCUCUCUCCUACCCGCGUCUGCCCCUCACUGGCAGACGGCCUCCAGCCUCCACGUCACCCUGUGCCUCCUUGUGCUACAGGGCCCGGCUGAAGUAGCCGCCGCUGGGGAGAUCCUGCGGCGCUUUGCCCAGUUGGAUCGCAACCCUCCGGUGGCUGUGACCUUUCCUGUGAAGCUGAAGCAUUUCAGCGGGAAGGUGCUGUUUCUGAGCCCGCAGCCUCAGCUGCAGCUCCAGCAGCUCAAUAAUGGCCUGCAGGAGGCCUUCAGGAAGGAGGGCUGGCUCCACAGGGACUCGUACAACCCACGCUACCACCUGACCCUGGCCAAGGUAGACGACGUGGAGGGAGAGAGGAUUUUUGAAGGCGUGGGGGACCUGAAGGUGGGGAAAAGUCUGCAUUUUGGCCGUCUGCCCAUCAAUACCCUGCACCUGUGCUGUGUGAAUGGAUCUAAGGUGGAUGGUUUUUAUCAGUCACUGUGCACAGUGAACCUUCGAUGAUGACAGAAUGCGCCCUGUCAUGUGUGCACUGCUUAUAGGUGUCUUAAUAUUCUAAAUAUGAUUUGGUCCAAGUCCUGUGAGCUUGGUUUGUCCAGCCUUCUCAACUGAGGUUAAGGGUUAAGCUUUGCUUUUAAUUAUAAUAAUAAUUCAAGGUGCACUUUUAAAGAUAAUCAGCCUUAAUAAUAGGUGUAAGAUGAGCUGGAUAUAUCGCUGCAGGACAGUGGUAAACACAAAUAUACUAAAGCAUGUAAAGAAUGGUAGAAAAACACUAAAACUUUUAAAAAUCCUUUAACCAAUCGAUUCGCUGAUUGAAUCAGCCACUUUGAUAAUUUAUUGAUCCAAGUCAGGCAAAAUGUCUCUAUUGAAGUCUAAUCAGUCUUGAGGUAAAGCUGCAAUGUUUAUGUUGACUUCUAACAGACAUUCAGAAUUCUUUAAGUGAUGAUAUAACUGUUUACCUUUUAAUCAGAUGUGAGUGUGUAAAUCAUCGAGCAAAGUUGACCUCAGACUUUCUUAUUAUAGACAACUGCCAUUAAGCUUUAUUGUGCAGCUUUGGGAACCAGGCCAGCUGUAGCAUGACUUUAAUCUAUCUGCCCACUGCCACAACAUACGACCAAGGUCAAAACCUGUGACAGCUCAUGCGUGUCAGCGUGGAACACGCAGGGUUGGACCUUUUUUUGUUCUGUGCCGUUCUUAUGAGUAACGGAUUCUAUCAGGUAUGAACCAUUUUGCUACUAAAACCAUCUGGCGGAGCUCCUUAGUUAGUUUCUUACUUUCUGGAGAACUGGGUGAACUGGGCAAACACGUUUACAUUAAAACUUUGAAUUCAA